ACAUUAAAGACAGAUAUGGGGCCCUUGCCGCCCGCAGGGCAAGAAGCGGGGCAAAGCGGUUCGGAGGAAGCGGGGGGCUGGGGGACUGCGAGCGAGGCGGGGCGGGCAGACACGGAGGCGGGCACAGGCGCGGAGGAGGCGGGCGGGACCCCGGGGAGGUGCCCGCCAGCGCCGAAAAGGGCGGAGGCGCAGGCCCGGCCCCCGCCCGCCGUGCCCGCCCCUGCUCCCAACCAGGUCGGACCACACCGCAUAAAGGCCGCGGCGCGGGCAGCGCUGGCGCUGUUCCGCAUUGUUUCCAACCGUAGUGUUGUGUUCGUCAUGUCUGGUCGGGGCAAGGGCGGCAAGGGGCUCGGCAAGGGCGGCGCCAAGCGCCACCGCAAAGUGCUGCGCGACAACAUCCAGGGCAUCACCAAGCCGGCCAUUCGCCGUCUGGCUCGGCGCGGCGGCGUCAAGCGCAUCUCGGGGCUCAUCUACGAGGAGACGCGUGGCGUGCUCAAGGUGUUCCUGGAGAACGUGAUCCGCGACGCCGUCACCUACACGGAGCACGCCAAGAGGAAGACGGUCACGGCCAUGGACGUGGUCUACGCGCUCAAGCGCCAGGGUCGCACCCUCUACGGCUUCGGCGGCUAAAGCCUUGCGCUCCCUCCCACCGGCCCAUCGUCACCAAAACCCA